AAACCACGUGGUUCAGCUUUCCACAUGUGCGUCCAGCAGCUGCAAUGACUUCCCUUUGCUAGCGUGUAGUUUUGAUUCUAGCAUAAAGCUAUCUCCUUCAUUAAAACCAUGUCAGGCAGGUCGGAGUUGAAAAUCAACUCCGGAUUCGCGCAGAAAUAUGACAAAUAUCGGCAGAAAGAAGAGCUACAGAGACUGAAGGACCGAUACGGAGACCGAGAAGAUGAGAGUGACUCGUCUGAGUCCAGCUCCGAAGACAGUGAAGUGGAGCUGGACCCUGAAGCUGAGAGGGACUUUUACAGAACACUGUCACUGCUGAAGAAGAAAGACCCCAAGAUCUAUCAGACGGAUGCGAAGUUCUACUCGGAAGUGACAUCCACCAGUGAUGAGAAGCCUUCCACCUCAAAGAAAGCAGUAAAGCCCAUGUAUCUCAAGGACUAUGAACGCAAAGUCAUACUGGAGAAGGAGGGCAAAUAUGAGGAUGAUGACGACAGUGACGACGAGGAGGCCGCCAAGAGAAUGGAGAGAGCCGCCUCUCCGAGCUACAUUCAGGAGCAGCGGGAGCUGAAAGCCAGCUUCCGUAAGUUCAUCCAGGACAGCGAUGACGAAGAUGCCGACGAGGCCAGCGAGGGAGCUGGACCGUCAGAGUUUCUCACCAGGAGGAUCAAAACACAGGAGGAGAAGGAUAAAGAGGAGGCGGACCACGUGGAGUGGCUGAAAGGUCAGGGGGACCUCGAGGGUCCUGAGGAGGUGAAGGACAUGAAAUACUUAAGGGACUACUGGAACGACCCAGAGUUGGACGAGAAGGAGCGUUUCCUGAGAGACUAUUUCCUCAACAAGGGCUACCUGGACGAGGACGACGGCCACGAUGAUGAACGGAUCCCCACGUACGAAGAGGUGCUCCAGGAUGACGUUGAGGAUUCGGAGGAGGAAGGGGAGGAUUUCUUAGAGCGUCAGGAGGACUUUGAGAGAAGCUACAACUUCCGCUUCGAAGAGCCGGACGCUCAGAAGAUCAAGACCUACCCCCGCAGCAUCGCCACGUCUGUGCGCUCCAAAGACGACCGCAGGAAACUCAAAAGGGACGAAGUGAAAGAAAGGAAGGAUAAGGAGAAAGAGCAGAAGCGGGAGCAGCUGAAGCAGCUGAAGAACUUGAAGCGAAAUGAGAUCAUGGAGAAGCUGAAGAGGCUCCAGGAGCUGACGGGCAACGAGCAGCUCGCCUUCAGUCAGACUGACCUGGAGGGAGAAUUUGAUCCGCAGCAACACGACCAGCUCAUGCAGAAAUUCUUUGGAGAUGAAUACUACGGAGGAGAAGAGGAGGAAAAGCCUCAGUUUGAUGAGGAUGAUGAACUUGAGGAACACUGGAACUGGGACACAUGGACAGGAGAGGAUCGAGAGGAGCACUGUGGUGAAGAUGAAGACCAGUAUGAUGCCUCCGGGCCCCACUGCGAAGAUGAGAACUUCAUUAUGGAUGCGGACUACGACCCCAACCAGCAGACUGCCUCCAAGAAGAAGAAGAAACAAAAGGAGAGAAAGAAGCUGAAGAAAGAGGAUUUACCACAAAUGGGCAAAAAGAGAAAAAAGUCUCACUUCGCAGAAGUCGUUACCAAAAACAAGCCUGUGUUUGACCCACAGGAGAAAAGUUUCGAGCAGUACUUGGACGAGUACUAUAAGCUAGACUAUGAGGACAUCAUAGACGACAUCCCAUGCAGGUUCCGCUACAGGCAGGUCCUGGCCAACGACUUCGGCCUGAGCACCGACGAGAUUUUAACCGCCAACGAUAAGGAGCUGAACCAGUGGGCCUCUCUGAAGAAGACCUGCAUGUUCAGGUCCGACAAGGAAGAGACAAGUGAUUUGAAGAACUAUAUAAUCAAGGCCCAGAAUGAAAAGAGGAAGAAGGAGAUCCUGAGCUCUAUGUAUUCUGAGGAAGAUAAGGAUCUGGCAGACGCAAAGACCAAGGUGGGGAAGAAGCGACGAGAUCAUCUGAAGGACGCAGAGAAGCAAAACGGAGCAGCAGAGGACGGUGACGCCACCUCCAUCAUGGACUCUACUGGAGAGACCCAAGCUCUAGGAGAGGCAGGGGACGAGUCAGAAGAGGAGGAGGAGUUUCUGAUACCCAAGAAAAAGAUGAAACUAGAAGAGGAGGCCCAGACAGCAGUUCCCGCUGUCGAGGCAGCAGAUAAAGCUAAUGAGGUGAAAAUCAGGACUGAGAGGCCAAAAUGGUCCAAGAAGCAGUCCGGUGGACGCCCGGCAUCAGGAACCCAGGGUGUGAGGAUAGGCGGCCGGGAGUUCAGUAAACAGAGACUGAAGGCCUAUGGGCUGAACCCCAAGAGACUGUUCUUCAGACAGCUCGGCAGACAGAGACGAAAAGCACGUGAGAAGGAGGAGAAGCAGAAAAAAAAGCAGUGAGCCACUAUCUCUGAGAUAUCUGUCGACAGUACAAUCCGUAGACUUUUUAUGGUCUUGGAAUGAAAAAACAUGAAAAUUUUGCUCACGUUUUAUUUGUAUAACGACCGAAUAUUUACCUUUUUGAUUAAUACAAAAAUUCAAAAUGUUUAGAUUGUCGCUCCAAAUUUUUUAUUUUUACCUAUAGUUAUUUAUACUUUAGUUUAGUAUAAAAUAGAUUAUGGGAUUGAUACAAUCAACCUAUUUCUCUUGCUACAUUCAUGUUGUGUUUCGAUUUCAAACUGUAAUAAAGAUACUGUUGAAAUUUGACAUGUUUCUAUAGCUAGAGUAAAAAUAUGCUUACUGCUUAUUAAGAUGUCUAUUUUCUUCCAUCAAGUAUUUCGAAAUAAAACCUACAUGAACAAAAACACUGGCUUAUCGAUUGUCCUUCCACAGCUGUUUAGAGCAAAUGUGUGAAUAAA